AAAAUAUUCCUUCAACUGCUUCUGAUUAUUAGCAAUUUAUUCGUCAAAGAGGGAAGAAUUUGAUCAAAUUUAAUGUUUGAUUCGCUGCAUCUAUCGAUAAAAUAUCGAAAUACUAUGUGAAUGAGCAUAAGACGAUACUUUCAAAAUAAGAUCUGAAAAUGAAAGAGACACCAACCGGCAACAUGGCUGACGACAAAACCCAAAAGAAAGAUGAGAAGAAAGAUGCGAAGAAAGACAAGAAGGGAGAUGAGAAAGAUGACUCCGAUAUGUCAGAAGAGGAUAGACAGUUACAAGAGGAGUUAAACCUGAUGGUAGAAAGGCUAACAGAACCUAACCAGAAUUUAUAUAAGGCGGCACUUGAGUCUCUUCGAACUUCCAUCAGAUCAUCGACCACAUCUAUGACAUCUGUACCUAAACCUCUCAAGUUCCUACGGCCCCAUUAUGACACCAUGAAAAAAGUACAUGAGAAAAUCACAGACAAUGAAAUCAAGAGAUUCUGUGCUGAUGUUGUCUCAGUCCUAGCAAUGACUAUCAGUGAGGAAAGAGAGUGUUUGAAAUACCGACUUCUUGGCUCAAAGGAAGAAAUUGGCUCCUGGGGCCAUGAAUAUGUCAGACAUCUCAGUGGUGAGGUUGCAGCAGAAUGGCAGGAGACAGAUGAUUCAAACAAAGAGAAACAGAAACAAUUACUCCAGCUGGUCACUGAUAUUGUCCCAUACCAUAUGGACCACAAUGCAGAGGCAGAGGCCUGUGAUUUACUUAUGGAAGUAGAACGCUUGGACCUUCUUGAACAGGAGGGAUAUGUCAGCAAAGAUGCACAUGCUAGAGUCUGUCUCUAUCUUACUAGUUGUGUGCCAUAUGUACCAGAACCAGAGAACACCAAUCUUCUGAGAACUGCUCUUGCAAUAUUUCGAAAAUACCAGAAAUAUCCUGAGGCACUGAGGCUUGCUAUACAACUACAUGACCUUGAACUUGUGGAAGAAAUCUUUGUAUCAUGUAAAGAAGUGAGUCAACAGAAGCAGCUAGCCUUCAUGUUAGGGCGUCAACAGAUUUUCCUCGAACUUAAUGAUGAGAUGGAUGAAUUUGAUGAGCUUGUGGAAAUUCAGUCAAAUACUCAUCUAAAUAAUAAUUUUCUAGCAUUGGCUCGUGAGUUGGAUAUUAUGGAGCCAAAAAUACCAGAAGAUAUAUACAAAAGUCACUUAGAACCAAACAGACCUUCAAUCGGGCCAGUAAAUGUGGAUUCAGCUCGUCAGAACCUUGCAUCUUCAUUUGUGAAUGGCUUUGUCAACACAGCAUUUGGACAAGACAAACUUCUUAUGGAAGAUGGCAAUAAAUGGCUUUAUAAGAAUAAAGAACAUGGUAUGCUGAGUGCUACUGCAUCACUGGGUCUGAUUCUACUCUGGGAUGUUGAUGGUGGAUUAACGCAAAUUGACAAAUAUUUAUAUUCAUCGGAAGAUUAUAUAAAGGCUGGUGCCCUUCUGGCGUGUGGUAUUGUCAACAGUGGAGUGAAGAAUGAAUGUGACCCUGCCUUAGCUCUACUAUCAGACUAUGUUCUACAUAACAACAAUAUGAUGCGAAUAGGUGCUAUUAUAGGGCUGGGUCUAGCCUAUGCUGGUUCCAAUAGAGAAGAUGUCCUUAGUCUUAUAUUACCUGUGAUGGCAGAUUCCAAGUCAAAUAUGGAGGUGAUAGGCAUGUCCGCUCUGGCUUGUGGAAUGAUUGCUGUGGCAACAUGUAAUGGUGAAGUUACAUCAACAAUUCUACAGACCCUCAUGGAGAAAUCUGAGACAGAUCUGAGAGACACCUAUGCCAGGUAUCUCGCACUAGGACUUGGUCUCACCUAUUUAGGCAAACAGGAUUCAGCUGAGGUUAUUCUUGCCUCACUAGAAGUUGUCCCAGAGCCCAUGAAAUCCAUGGCCAACAUACUCGUAGACAUUUGUGCUUAUGCAGGUACUGGUAAUGUGCUAAAGGUACAGGAACUUCUACAUAUAUGCUCAGAGCACUUUGAAGAAAAAGAGGAGAAAGACGAGAAAAAAGAAAAAAAAGAUGAUAAAAAAACAGAAGAGAAGAAAAACGAGAAAAAAGAUGAUAAAGCCGACACCAAAAAAGAAGACGUUAAAAAGGAAGAUGCUAAAAAAGAAGAGAAUGAAAAGAAAAGAGCUGAUUUAGCUGCUCAUCAAGGUGUUGCUGUUUUGGGUAUUGCAUUGAUCUCAAUGGGAGAAGAGAUAGGAUCAGAAAUGGCAUUCAGAGCAACUGGCAAUUUGUUGAGGUAUGGAGAGCCAGUGAUCAAGAGGUCUGUCCCACUAGCCUUAGCCCUGCUCUCUACUUCUAACCCUAAACUACAGAUCUUAGACACACUCAGCAAGUUCUCUCAUGACAGUGACCCAGAAGUGUCCCACAAUGCAAUCUUAGCCAUGGGAAUUGUGGGUGCAGGGACCAAUAAUGCCAGACUGGCAGCCAUGUUACGUCAACUAGCUGUAUAUCACGCUAAAGAUGCCAACAAUUUAUUUAUGGUGCGCCUUGCCCAGGGCCUGACCCAUAUGGGGAAGGGUACCCUGACCCUAUGUCCGUACCAUAGUGAUCGCACCCUCAUGAGCCCUGUAGCUGUUGCUGGCCUCCUAGCCACUCUUGUCUCCUGUCUUGAUGUCAAAAAUAUAAUCCUUGGUAAAUCUCAUUACAUUCUCUACACCCUUGUAUCUGCCAUGCAGCCCCGUAUGUUGGUCACAUUUGAUGAAGAACUACGUCCAUUACCUGUGUCAGUACGAGUAGGCCAGGCUGUUGAUGUUGUAGGCCAAGCUGGGAAACCUAAAAGCAUCACAGGGUUCCAGACUCACACCACCCCAGUCCUGCUAGCGUAUGGAGAGCGGGCAGAACUAGCCACUGAAGAAUAUCUAUCACAGACUCCUGUAAUGGAAGGAUUUGUUAUACUAAAGAAGAACCCUGACUAUGAUGAAUAAGUGGCCUAUUUCAUGAAGAUGUUGAAGAGAGUGUCUGAAAGAGACUUACAUUUUGCAAAUUGAUUGGACAGUUGUCAUAUGAUCAAAAUUAUGAAUUAUAGUUCAAAACUAAAGACUUAAAGGGAAGAGGUUGACAGGGAUCCUCAGUGGGAAAUAUAUCAUCAAAUGUGACGCAGAGUGACAACAGGAUGAAAGUCAGUGUCUUGUAUCUUCUCUAUCAUACAAAUCUGGUCAAAUGUCAUCAUUAGAGCAUACCUGAUUUAAAUCUCCCAUCAAAGAGACAGACAUGAUCCAAUUGUAAGUAGGCCACUCAGGUGUGAUACAAAUGCAUUUGAGGGAACGUAUAUCAAGUUCCCCCUCAUAAGUUUCAGAUUUACUGAUCAAAAUUAAAUUAUGGACCAAUUUCCCUGUUCAUGCUAAAAUUGAAUUAGCCAAUUAUUAAUUCCACAGGACAGUUCCCAACAGACCAGUGCUUAUGUCAGUUGCCAUACUAGAUGAUGAGCUCUAAAUACUGGAUUUUGGAAUUUUGUACAAAUGUGUAUUAAAUGUAUAAUAUUGUAUUUGUUACUAAAAAUGUGUAAUAAAUACAGUUUAAAAUAUAACUAAAAAAUCAAAAA